AUGGCCAAUGAAGAGCCCAAAACGGUGCCUCAACAAAUCACCAUGAAAGGUGGGGAUGGCCCAUUAAGCUAUGCCAAGAACUCUAGUUUGCAGAAAGGAGUUGUGGACGCUACAAAAGGAAUGAUCAUUCAUGCAAUCGCAAACAACCUUGACAUGGACAAGUUUUGUUCCCAAUCUUCUUCUCAAACAUUUCGAAUAGCAGAUUUUGGGUGUUCCAUUGGACCAAACACAAUUUUCUCCAUGCAAAACAUCAUACAAGCAUUAGAACAAAAACACCACGAAAACAACCAUGGAAACUCAUCCACCAUUCUCGAAUUUCAAUUGUUUUUCAAUGAUCAUUCGACCAACGAUUUCAACACCCUUUUCAAAUCCAUCCCUCCCUCGUGGCCAUACUUUGUCGCCGGUGUUCCAGGUUCGUUUUACAGACGAUUGUUCCCGAAAUCAUCUAUUCAUAUCGGACAUUCAUCCAACGCGUUGCAAUGGUUGUCCAAAGUUCCACAAGAAGUGGUUGAUUGUAAGUCUCCAGCUUACAACGAUGGAAAUAUAUAUUGUCGUGGGAUUGAAAAGGAAGUGACCAAAGCGUAUAUAGCUCAAUUUGAGAAAGAUAUGGAAAGCUUUUUGAAUGGUAGAGGCGAAGAACUUGUUAAUGGAGGGCUGAUGGUAAUCCUUAUGGGUGGAGUUCCCAAUGGAAUCCCUUUAUCUCAUACUGCAAUUGGCAAAUUUUAUGACCUUUUUGGAUCUUGCCUUCUGGAUUUGACUAACAAGGGAUUAGUCAAUGAAGAAAAGGUGAAAUCUUUCAACUUGCCCUUAUACUUUCCCUCGGCUAAGGAGGUAAAGGAAUUAAUUGAGAGAAACGGGCGUUUCAGCAUCGAAAGCAUGAACGAAAUAACCGAGCAACUAAAACGUGGGCAGCCAUUGCCGAGUGCCCAAAACUGUAUAUCUCACGUAAGAGCUGGAUUCGAAGGAUUGAUUAAAGACCAUUUCGGAACUGAGAUCGUCGACGAGUUCUUCGCAUGUUACGCUAACAAGCAUUUACAAUCUGGCUUCGUAUUUGGAGACAAUGGUGUUGACAAUACCUUGAUGUUUAUGAUUCUCAAGCGCAUUUAA